AUGAGAAGAUGGGCACCUCCAAAUCAGUUUCACGAGAUUGAAGCCGCAAUCCAAGGGGGCAAGUUCGGUAUCAUGCCGGCGUUUAGCAUGAUUGGCUUUCGGCUCAAGAAGGUGCUUGGACAAGGCGGGUAUGGCUGUGCUGCACUCUUGCAGAUGGAAGAUAUCAAUGGCCAGUCUCACAAGGUGGUGGUGAAGGCUGCUCUUGGACCUACGUCUUUGGGUCCUGAGAUUGACAAUAUGCGGCCAGUCAUGGGGAAACGUCUGAAGAAAUUCCCGCUUACCAAAAGGGAUGUACUCAUCAACAAGUUCAAUACACUUGCAACUCAUCUUGCAAUGGAGUACGCACCAUAUGGCGAUCUGAAAAGCGUAAUAUAUGAAGCAAGGGAACGAAGGACGCGUCUGAGAAGCCAGGAUCUAUGGAUGAUAUUCCAUUGUUAUGUCCUUCAUCCUCAUACGACCGUUCCUGUGAUCAAGAUUGGAGAUCUUGGCCUCUCAAAGACCUUCACAGUAGCGGACCGCAUGGACUGGGAACAAUUCACCAAAGACUGGAACUACCUAGACCGUUCACCUUACCCUCUCGAGCCCGUUGCCGGGAACUACGACUGGUGGUCCAACGUCUACGCCGUGGGCCUCUGCAUGUGGCAACUUGUAACCUCGGAGAGUCCAUCGGUACCACCCGAAUGCUCAAAAGAGACCUUCUCUCGACCGGAUGGUACAGACUUUGAAGCAUGGACGUACGGGGGCUACUUGUUGACCAAUGAAUUCGAUUACCAAGACCUCGAACUUCGAAGGACGAUUGCACAGUGCAUGGCAAACCAGCCAUCUGACAGACCGACGCUGACGGAACUCGAGAAAAACCAUUUCAUCGACACCCAGUGCCGACAUUACCGCCAGGACUAG